AUGUUGGGUAAACAAGUGAGAGACCAGUUCUUAUUUGAACCUGACUAUACACCACUGAACCAUGGUUCUUAUGGUGCAUUGCCUAAACCACUUUUAUCUACACUGUCUGAAUUACGUCAAAAAGUAGAACAGAAUCCAGAUCGUUGGCUAAGAAGAGACAUGUUUCCUGAACUUGAUGCCAAUAAGGCUUCCAUAGCCAAUCUGGUUCAUGUCAACCCUCAAGAGCUUGUGUUUGUGUUUAAUGCCAUGACGGGUAUUAAUACAGUCGCUAGAAGUCUUGCUUUACAACCAAGUGAUAAAAUACUCUAUUUUAAUACUGCUUAUAAUUCAGUUGAAAGUACACUCGAGUUUAUUAAGGAUGCUGAGAAGAUCCAUCUAGUCCGUAUUGACCUUGCUUACCCCAUGUGUGAUCAAGACGUGUUGGAUAAGAUCAAGCGUACUAUUGAGUAUGAAAAUAGCCUGCAGAAUGGACCUAUCAAGGUUUGCUUUAUGGAUGCAAUCAGUUCUGUCCCUGCUGUCUUGUUUCCGUUUAAAGAAGCUAUUCAGCUUGUCAAACAAUACCAUAUCUUGAGUAUGGUAGAUGGUGCUCAUGCGAUAGGUCACAUCCCCCUUGAUCUCUCUGACUUGGAUCCUGAUUUCUUUAUUACCAAUUGUCAUAAAUGGCUCUAUGCUCCUCGAGGAUGUGCUGUUCUCUAUGUUCCCUUUAGAAAUCAACAGCUUAUUCAUCCUGCCAUUAUUAAUUCUGCUUACAACAAGUCAUUUCAAUUAGAAUUUGCAUGGCCAGGUACAGCCGACUUCUCGAAUUUCAUGUGUAUCAAUGCAGCACUUGCAUUUAGAGAGUCAAUAGGUGGAGAAGAAGCCAUCAUGGCUUAUUGUCAUGACUUGGCUGUUCGAGGAGGACAUCUGGUGGCUGACAUACUCGGCACUGACCUUUUUUAUAGCCCAGGGCUUGCCAUGGUCAAUGUCAGAUUACCAUUGACCACCGACCUCCCUGAGCACGAAGUGAUUCAGUUGUUUAUCGACAAGUUGUUGUAUGAUCAUCACUGUAUGGCUCCUGUCUAUCAACACAAUCAUACAUGGUACGCUCGUCUUAGUGCACAAGUCUACAAUGAUCUGGAUGAUUUCAAGCGAGUUGCCAAAGCACUCCAGACAGUGUGUUUAUUAUUAAUCUCGACGCAUAUACCAAUCAAUGGCUAA